AUGGUUGUCUUCGCUGGGGUGUCGGCACCAUCCUGGGCCCUGCCCAUCUCGGAGUUCCUGGAGGUCCUCCCCAUGGACGAGACCGAAGCCUGGCAGGUGCAGCGCCGACCAUCCGCCUACAGCAUCAUCAACAACGAGCUCGUCAAGCGCAGCUCCACCGGUGUGUUCCAACGCUACGUCGAGCAGGACAAGGGCAUUGAGAUCCUCCUCGACAUACACCAGGGCGAGUGCGGGUACCAUGCCGCCUCACGGUCCCUGGACAUCGUGGUGCGCUACGGCAUGCCGAACAACAUCAUCACGGACAAUGGCACCAACUUAGCCAAGGGCGCGCUCGUGCAGUACUGCUCCGUCUCCGGCAUCCGCCUCGACCUGGCUUCCGUUGCACAUCCGCAGUUCAAUGGCCAGGUCGAGCGGGCCAACGGCCUCAUCCUAUCCGGCAUCAAACCGCGACUCGUCGAGCCGCUCAUCCGUUCACCCGGCAGUUGGCUUGACGAGUUGCCGACCGUCCUCUGGAGUCUCCGCACCACGCCAAAUAGGUCGACCGGGUUUACCCCGUUCUUCCUCGUCUACGGAGAAGAAGCCGUCAUCCCGACCGACGUCGAGUUCAACUCGCUGCGCGUCACGAUGUACACAGAAGCCGAAGCAAAGGAAGCCCGCGAGGACGGCGUCGACCUACUCGAAGAAGCACAUCUCCUAGCGCUCAGUCUCUCAGCCAUCUACCAGGAAGGUCUGAGGCAUUACCACAGCAAGAAGAUCAAGCCCCUCGCUUUCCGAGAUGGAGACCUCAUCCUCUGA